AUGACCAGGGGUGCUCGGACGUGUCGGCAGCAAGAUGACGGCUUAAACAUCCGCUCUGCACCCCGCCAGGACGACAAGCCAUCCGCCAAUUCGGACCGGGCCCAGCGAUGGCGACUGCGCUUGGCCUCCUUCUUGUUUGCGAGCGUCCUGCUCGCUGAUCGCUUGUGGCUGUGCGCUGCGGCCGCGAGCACGAAAGGCGAGCGACGGGACGCGGUGGCGUUCAGGGACCCGGGGGACCAGGAGUACCGACCUUCUCCCGGCGCCACUCAUCUUCUGGCAGGGAAUUCUAGCACACCUCUGUGGAGACAGCAAGCGUGUCACCCCGACAGUGUUUCCAAAAGCUGCUUCGCGGUGGCGAACGCCGAGGCUGUGUGUUUGGGCCUCUCGGACGCCGAGUGGAACCUGAGUGAUUUGUACUUGCCCUUUUGUGAUUCCUACUCCCUUUUGGAUUUGUUUUACGGGUCCUCGAGUCCGGCGGACAACGUGAGCUGCGGCCUCGAUAUGCCGACGUGUUCCCGGUGCGUCCGGGCUUACCAGCGCCUCGACCGGCGAGCUCAGGAGAGGUACCAGGAGUUUGAGCUCCUGGUUCAGAAAUACGAAACGGACGCGUAUUCGGUGCGGACAUGCAUGGAUGAAUGCACGACUGUCUACAAACACUGGCUGUGUUUCCAGUACUUCCAGACCACACAGCUGCAUUGCAGCAACAGGAUCCCAUGCAGACAGUACUGCCUGGUGGUCCAGCAGAGGUGUCCCUUCAUAUUGCCUGACAAUGAUGAGUUAAUUUAUGGUGGAAGCCCUAGUUUUAUAUGUACAGGGCUCCUGGAAGACAGCCCAUCAGACGUAGAAGCAGAGUGCUGUGACGUUCGAUGGGACAGCAAGUCUGACAACAGCUCCCAAGGGACUUUCAAAAGAACUCACCCGUCAUGCCAGCACGGGACAUCCCUGAGCUCAUCAGCAAACUCCAGACUGUGCAACAGCAGGCUCAAACUCUGCCUGCUAGUCCUGGUCCUGCUCCAUACUAUGGCCACAAUCACAGCCUCCCACAACAUCAGCACCAUGUCCUCCCUGGAGGAGAACUCCACCAACGAGGAGUGA